GCAGUUGCAAACUUAGAGGAGGAAGUCAGGGAGUUUCAAAACAAACACUAACAGAAUUGGAACUUUUGCAUCACUGAAAAUAUGACGGCGUCAACACCACCAAAAGGAGAGAAAUCUACCGGGGUGUUAUCACCAGGGUCGAUAAACCAAGAUGCAACAUCACCGGGGUGUUGUUCACAAAGACUGAAACUUGCUCUGGUGUUAAUGUUUGGGUUUGCCUGUGCCCAGGCCUUACAGGCCCACAUGGGAUUGACCAUAAUAUGUAUGGUGAAGCCUCCAAACAUAACAAUGACCAACAACAUCUCUGAUGUCUACAUAUGUCAAGAGAACCAAUUACAAAUGCCUAAUCAGACAGCAACUAACGCUACAUUACAAGGAGAGGUGCCUGUGGUGCCUGAAGCGGAAUUUGCUUGGGAUGCAGUAGCCCAGGGAUUCAUUCUUAGUAGUUUUUAUGCUGGUGGCAUUCUCGGUAGAUCAAUCGGGGGAAUUCUGGCAAGAAUUUGGGGACCUAAGAGAGUCAUUGGAAUCUCGGUGUUCAUCGCUGGAACUUUGACAAUUGUGACUCCGUUCAUCGCAAGAUUAGGUGGUGCUUGGGCGAUGGUUGCGAUAAGAUUUGCGACAGGGGCUUUCACUGAUGUGAUCCGACCUGUUUAUUUGGCUCUUUGGGCAAAAUGGGCACCGGAAUUUGAAAAAACAAAACUGGUUACGAUCUCGUUUCAAGGAUUGAUAAUAGGUGCCAUACUGUCGGUACUAGUAACUGGAAUCCUAUGCCAAAUUGUGGGAUGGUCUGCCAUUUUUUAUAUAUUUGGUGGUUUCAGUAUAGUUUGGGUAUUCGUAUGGGUCUAUGUGGUAUACGAUUCACCAAGCCAACAUCCAAGAAUACACUCGAGUGAACGAUUAUUUAUAGAAAACAGUAUUGGAAAAGAUGUCCAGUUGGGGGCGAUUCCUUGGAGAGGGAUUUUCACGUCGAAGGCAGUUUUGGCACUCCUAUUUGUUGAAACGACGUUGGCAUGGUCAACUGUUACAUCAAGUACAUUGAGUGCCACAUUUCUUACGGUGAUAUUUCGGUUGACACCACUACAGAUAGGAUUAUUCUCUUGUGGGGUUGCUGGGUCUGCUAUUAUAUCAGCACUAGCUGGGUCUUUCAUAUCAGACUUCUUAAGGAAAAGGAAAAUUAUCAGCACUGUGGCAAUCCGAAAAUCUUUUGUUGCAAUAGGGACAUUCGCGGUUGCUUUUUCAAUCAUAAUUUCAUAUCUAGACUGUCGUCAACUGAAUCUAGUAUUUGUUUUACUCUUUUUAUCUGGUAUCGUGGCUCCGAUGGCUUUGGUCUCUGUUUCAGUCAAUGCUCUGGACAUUGCCCCACAGUUCGCGAGUAUCAUUGCUGGUGUAUCUGAGACAUUGGAAAAUGUUGUUGGUAUUGCAGCUCCAAUUACUUUGAGAUACACAUCACGUGAUGAUACGACUAUCCAAUGGAGGCAAGUGAUUUUGAUAAAUGGAGUAAUUGUAGUCUGUGGUACCAUAGUGUUUCUCAUAUUUGGAAAGGGUCAUGUUCUUAAGUGGGCAAAAACAGAUACCAUAGAAAAACAGCCAAAUGAAUCCAUUCCCGAUGAUAAAGAAGAAAAGGGCGUAAAUCACCAUCGUGACGGCCAACCUAUCGAAGAUGCAAACGACCCAAAGGAGCACAAGAUGGAAAUCGAAAAUAGUAAAGAGCUGGUUAAAGAGACCUAAAGCACACAUGAUAAUGAUGACGUGGCAAGUGGGGAUAAGAACAACGCUGAACGCUCUAAAAUGGUAAAACGAUAGGAAAAUAGGAAAACGAUUGAUCCAGAAUAAGAUGAUAAUCACAAAGAAGAUAAUCUAAGAGAGGAUCACGGUGAAGAGGCCCCUGAUGAUACAAUUGCCAAGGUUACAUAUCUCCUUAUAGCAAUCAAAGCUAAUAAACAGACACAGAUAUUUGCACCAUCAUUAAAUUGGAUUUUUUAAAUACACAAUCUGACACUAGGGAAUUUUGAAAGCAUGGAAAAUCGCACGCUAUUUUUGACUCUACAUUUAUUCAAGAUCUACUUUGCAUUCAUAUUUUUCAUCUAAUUUUUUUGCCCCUGUUCAUCUUUAUAUUUAGCAUUUCGCUUGUCGAGUAAUUUGGAAGUGUUUGUCAUGGUAUGGUCAAGGAAUAGAAUGAUAACUGGCCAUGGAUAAGCCAUUGAUACAAUUGUUGCGUAUGUGUGAAAUUCUCCAAGGCAGUCAUUAUUUCUACACUGAACUACAUAGAAGUGAGAUAUCAAAAUUAGUUGGGCUGCGUCGAGUUCUCAGAGCUCCUAAUUCAUUCUAGAUACCGGGUGCGCCCAAGGGCGGUACAAUACCCGGGAAUUUUUCGUGCGGUACAUUUCUAUGAUAGCGUGACCUCUUUACCUACGCGCGCGCAGCACAUCCACUAAACGUAAUGAAACUACAUGGAAUCACCGGGUAUUGAUUUUUUCGACUUCGGGCGCGCCCGUAUCAUUUACUUGACUGUGUAUUAUUCAGAAUAAAUAAUUAUACUCAACAGCAACUAAUUUCGUUAGAUAUCACUUAACAAUAAAAAUCACCACCCGCUUCAUUCUAGCCUAAUGCGAAAACAGUGGAAACUCAACCCAAAACAUUUUAAAACAUUUUGAUUUUGAUUUGAUUUAAUAUUGUUUGAUGUUUGUUAGUUAAGAUUUACAAUUUCUUUGUAUCUGCUAUAUUCAUCAUAAAAGGUGAUAUGAGAAA